GGUGCGUUAUCCAGUGUAAUGUACAUAUCAGUGGUUAUAACCCAACUUGAUUUCCCUUUUAAACAGAUGGCGCAUGUGAAAAAAAAUCGAAAAACUGACGCAAAGCAAAAUCCUGAAUGGAUUGCUGGAACAUUAUGUGGAAUCUGCAAAGAGAAAUCGAUCUUUAUAAGGCCGAGCAAACCGUUACCCGAGACUUACAAUAAGAGCAAGGAUGUAUAUUUGCAUUCCAGUAAGACGUCAAAAUAUGCCUUACCCUUCAAACGUGGAGAUAAAGGUGAAUUUGUCCUUGGAAUCGUCAACAAAGAAAAACCAGAGGCCCAGAAAUUUAGGGCUACGGUUUAUGGGCCACGAACCUACGAAGAACUCCUGGAUUAUUUUGACCAAUAUACGGAAGUUUUGAAGUCAACGGAUUGUAAGAAUGCGCUACUUGAAACACUGUCGAACACAGCGAUGUGGAAGUUUUUGGGAUCGCCUUCUUUUACAUCUGACGAUCACAUCAUGCAGUUGCACUACACCCAGGAAUUUCUUCAUUUGUUGCAAUUGAUUUUACGUGUUGGUAAACAAUUCAAAAACCAUUUGGAACUAAUGAUGAAAACUGUAGUUCAAGGAGUAUUUUUCAGCUCCUCCAGAGAUGGCCCGUCCUUAGUAUCCAUUAUAAAGCAAAGUAACUAUACAAGUUUUGCUACAUCCGAUUUACUCUACGUUCGCGACACACACUACUCAAUUUCAGAUGAGCUGAUCAAAAACUUUUGUAUUGAUGUGGUUCGUCAAGUGCCAGCGGUCUCUCGUUGUCUUUUGCCCGUAGUUCGUGUCAUCAGCGAAAAAAAGUCUGAUGCAUCCAGUUUCUUGUUUGAGUUCCUAUCUUUGGCUUUGUCAGGAGAUAGUUCAAUGGUCAGCAAUGAAGAUGUUUGGCAAGAUCUACCAUUCAUUCCGACUGAUAAUGAAUUGGCCGGCAGCUUGGUUCAAGAGGACAAGCAUCUGUCUAAGGUGAGGAACACUUACAGCAGUUCAGAGACGUAUAUGGAUACCUACUUUAGACUUCUUCGUGCUGAAACAUUUUCUGCCAUACAAAUUGGUAUCAAGCAGUUUAAAGAAUCAAAACUAGACAAGCGAGACAUGAACGUGUAUCACCACGUUCGAUUGGCAGGUUUUCAGAUACAAAAUGGCCGCUUCUCUCUAGUUGUCCAAUUUACUUCCGAUCGACCGGUGAAGAACUGGAAGUCAUGCUCUCAUUUGAUGUUUGGAAAUUUGAUUUGCAUAUCGCUCAACAAAAAAUUCGAUGACGUCAUUUGGGCAGUCGUGGCCAAUAGGGAUGAAGAUAUGUUAAACAAGCAUCAAAUCAUCACUUUGGAUUUAAUAGAAGAUAACAAUAAGAAAAUGAGCGAUGUUUUUUCUUCAUUGCAAGCUCAUGCAGGCUUAGCUGUCAUGGUCGAAUCUCCUACCUAUUAUCACUCGUUAAGUCCCAUUCUAAGAAGCCUGAAAGACUUUGAUAUGGAAAAUUUCCCUUUGCGAAAAGAAAUUGUUAAUGCAACAUCGUCAUCAGAAUUACCCGAGUAUCUACAGCAAGCUGAAUCGUUGGAUGUAAGUCCAAUUUACAAGCAAAAACAUUCACAAUCAUUAUAUUUCUAUACACCAAACGAUAUCACAAAUGGCAGGAUGGAUUUUAAACGGUUUUUGAACGUCUUUGAUAAAUAUUCCAGUACAACCUUGGAAGGCAGUCAAUGCAGUGCAUUGCGUUUAGCCCUGACGAAGACAUUGGCUAUUAUACAAGGUCCACCAGGUUGUGGCAAAACAUUUAUUGGUGUGAAAAUAGUUCAGUUAUUGCUGUCACUGUCUCCAAAAUUGGAGAAACCCAUUUUACUGUUGACGUACAAGAACCACGCUCUUGACGAGUUUCUCAAGCACAUGUUAGAGUUUUGUGACAUAGAUGAUAUGGUCAGGAUGGGAGGCCGAUCAAAAGCUGAAGAAUUGGAGAGGUGUAGUUUAUCGUCAAUUACAAAGUCAUUAGCGAGAGAUCGAAGUUACAACAAAGUUGUUUAUGGAGAGUUGCAAAAUAUAAAAACAGAAAUGGGCAUUCUAGAAAACAAAAUCAAAGAUCUUUCUUCAUUAAUGGAAUCGAGCAGCAGUAUAAAAGAAAGUGAUUUAAUAGCAGAGCUAAGUGAGGAUCAGCUCCGCUCCCUUUUUACUUGUGCACCUUGGGGAAAGAAAGCUCCAUUUGUUUACCGUUUUAGAAACGAAAAAUUCGUUGACAGGGCUUGGAUGCAAAACCUGGUGAAUUGUGUCGGCUCUGUGAGAGAUGUUCUUAUAAAUGGUGGUGACAAAAAUGAUGAAAGCAUCGUUCAUUGUCGUCAUAUUUUUAAAAAGGCAUUUAAUUUAUGGAUGCCGAAUCGCGAAAUGAUGCGACAAAUGAAAGAAUAUCACGCGAAUUUUGUAAGUCAGACUCAAACAACAGCAGCAAAAGGAGCUGACUCCACUAACUUUGAUAAAGAUGAGGAAAGUGAUGAUGAAGACGAAGAACGUGUAAAUGAGUUAAAAGAUAUAAGAAUGGGCUCAAGUAACAAAUCCAAAGAAGGUACGAUCUUGUUUGAGUCCGUGACAAAGAAUCGAGACAAGAAUGUCUGUAUCGAGAUUUCUGAUUAUCCUAGUGACAUUCCUUUGGAUUUGCAAUUACGAAGCACCGAGAAUCUUUGGCAGCUGAACGAAGUGCAGCGAUUGCAUUUUCUGUUUUGUAUAAUGAAGGAGAAAAUGAAUAACAUAACGGAAGAAUUUAACGAACUUAUAGAACAAUUGGAAACUUUGAAGAAACAAAAGGAUGAGCUCGAGAUGACUAAGAUAGUUGAAACGCUAUCACGAAAGAAGAUUAUUGGUGUAACUAUUACAGGGGCGUCUAUUAAACACGAUCUUCUUCAUCAAAUUGGUCCAAGUGUCGUCAUCGUAGAGGAAGCCGCUGAAAUACUAGAGCCAAGCUUGCUGGCUGCGCUCACGCCAUCCAUUCAACAUCUCAUCCUGAUUGGAGAUCAUAAACAACUCAAGCCGCAACUGGAUGCCUACAAAUUGCGCACAGACUUCAACUUUGAUACCUCCAUGAUGGAAAGAUUGAUCGAAGCUCGUUUUCCAUUCGAGUCUUUAACAAAACAGAACAGAAUGCGGCCAGAAUUUUCGUUUUUGCUACGCGAUAUUUAUCCUUACCUUGAAAACAAUCUUGACAUAGUAUCGCAUAAUAAACCUUUAGGUUGUAUUGCAAAGUCGAUGUUUUUCUGGUCUCAUGAACAUCCCGAGCAAAAAGAACGCAGUAUAACCAACGAGAAAGAAGCCAAGCGAGUCAUAGCCCUCGUGUUGUACCUGUUGUUUAACGACUGUCGCCAGUCUGACAUUACUGUUCUUUCAUCCUAUCGUGGACAAACCAGCCUUUUAAGGAAGCUUCUAAAGGAAGCUACAGGCAAUUACCCAGAGCUGUUUGGGAAAAAUAAUAGCAAUUCGGAAUAUGCUGAUUAUACAAGUACGAAAGAAGAAAAAAUUCAAGUGCAGACUAUUGACAUGUAUCAAGGUGAUGAAAAUAAGUACGUUAUUGUGUCACUCGUGCGAUCAAACCCACUUAAUAGCAUUGGUUUUCUAACAGAAAUGAAUCGUCGCUGUGUGGCACAGUCUAGGGCAAAAUGUGGCAUGUAUUUUGUUGGCAAUAUUGAACUGUUUAGAAAAAACUCUAGCUGGAGAAAAAUGAUCAAUUUCAUGAUUGAAGGUGGGUGUGCUGGCUAUACCAUACCACUUCGAUGCACCAAACACCCAGAAUCACAAUACGAAGCGCUCGAAGCGGAUGAUGUGUUAAGCGUCAUUUCAGAUCCACUACAGCUAUGCUCUAAAAAAUGUGGGAGUGUGUAUCCAUGCUUAUUGCACAGUUGCAAGAGGUAUUGUCAACCAAAGCAUGCACACGGUGAUUGCGUGGAAAUUGUCGAUGACGUGUUUCCGGAUUGUAAGCAUCCCGUCAAAAGGAGAUGUUCCAUACCGAUUUAUGAAAUGAGUUGUAGGAAGGUUAUUCGGGUUAAUUUGCAAUGUGGUCAUCCGAAAGACAUGGAAUGUUACAAGCAACACUAUCCUGAUCCAUGCGAAGAGAUUGUUCAGGACGUUUUCCCGAAUUGCAGUCACCCGACCCAACGAAAGUGUCACGAAAAUUUAAACAACAAGGUUUGUCCACGCCGUUGCGAAAAAAAAAUGCGCUCGUGUGGUCAUCAAUGCAUGAAAACUUGCGGCUCUUCGCACAAUCAUGAAUAUUGUGAGAAGAUGGUUGAUUACUCCUUUCCAAAUUGUCGUCACCAAUCACCUAUUAAGAAGAAAUGCUCCGAACCAAUCACCUGGAAAUGUACCGCUAAGACGUACUUCACAGGGAAAUGCGGUCAUACAAUAGAAAAGCUGUGUUUUCAGGCUGAAUCUGAUGUGAAAUGCUCUGUACCUUGUGAAAAAGUUCGGACAUGUGGUCAUGCAUGCGGGAAAAUUUGUGGUGAAGAUUGUGGUAACAUCUGUGGAAAAUGUGAUGAUAUUCAUAAGCAAAAAAUGAAGCAAUUUCACAAUGAUGCUAAAAGAAGAGUUGCUGAAAUUGAUAAAAAAAUCAAGUCCAAAGCUAUAGAAACGUUUUCCAUUGACGAAAUUGUUCCAAAUGGCCCAACUUUAGCCGAAUAUCAGAUGGUCAAUGAUUUGGUAACAAAAUUUGUUCAACCUAUGCAUAAUUGGAUGCCUAAUGUAGGUCGAAUUGAAAAGAUUACAAAUCUUAAAUUAGAGAAAAGGUUCGAGGCGGCUAAGGCCAAAGCAUUUGGUGACCAUAUCGAUAAAAAAUUUCAUGGGACCUCCGAUGAUGGAGUAAAAGGCAUCACUAGGGAUGGUUUUCGAAUGCCAGAUCAAAAUCCUCCUCCAGGAAAACGUGGUAUGUAUGGUCAGGGCAUUUACUUUGCUACAGACUCUUCCAAAAGUGCUCAAAAGAUUUAUACCAAAGGUUCGCAGAAGUUGCUACUCUGUCAAGUUCUUCUUGGCAAAGUUAAAGAGGUUCAUCAGCCUGAUUAUUAUUUAAGUAAACAAAGAUUGUCAGCUGAGGGAUGCGAUUCAGUGUGCGCUCCAAGAGGAACAGCCGUUAAAAACGAUGAGUUCGUUAUCUUUGAUCCAGACCAAGCUCUUCCACAGUAUAUCAUUCACUUCACCGAUUCCACGAAGGUUAUUCCACCAUCACUGUCUGCACAUUCGAAGCAGAAUUUUCAAGUGGUUAGCAGGAAAUCCUCUCGAACUGUAGACUUCACAGAUCCUUAUGAAAUGUUUUGUGCAUUUGCCGAAUCUCACUUUAGACGAAUGUCAGCCGGAACGAACCUGCCACAGACAAUAUCAUCCAUAGAUAUUGUUUACAAUAAAACACUUGAACAACAAUUUGAAGCCACCAGGAAUCGAUUUAGAAGACAAAACUUUCCUGAUAAAGAAAUUCUUGCAUAUCACGGAACAGAUAAGAACAACAUCCCCAGCAUUCUCAAGAAUAAUCUUCAGUUGAGUUUUGCACGAAGACAAGCUUAUGGUCGUGGAAAUUAUUUCUCAGAGUUCCCUCAAGUAAGUAUUGGUUAUGGCGAUGGGUUAUUGCUAUGUCGAAUUCUUCCUGGAAAGGAAUUCGUUGAUUCCACAGCUAAUAUACCGUCUGGCUAUCAUUCCAAGAAAGUUUUGUCUGGUCAAAAUAGAGCAUCACAAACAAGUGCGAGUGGUGAAAUGAUGAUUAUUGAAAAUUCGGAUCAAAUUUUACCAUUCUUUGUCGUUCAUCUUUGA